GCCAGUCCUCCUCUAAUCUCUUAACCUGGCCCGCGACCUGGAAGCUCUGACACUGAUUUGCUCCGUUAUUUCCCCGCUGAUCCCGCCUGGCCUCCUGUCGCCUUCCCAGUCUUACACCAUCUAACUGCAUGCGAACCCGCGACACGUCCACUGCUCUGAGUUGUCCGAGGGCCACCUGCAUCGUCGCUUCGCUGUCUUUUCCCUUCGCCUCCAUCCAGUAGCCCAUCACAUCACCUCCCACCUCGGCGUUUUGAUCCCUCGCGCGUCUCUCUGACCCGCCCCACGGCCUAGCGACCGCUAUUGCACCCUCACCCCGUCCCUCCUUGGCCCGCCAUGUAUGGCACCUCCCAUUCCGUCUCCGCUCCGAUGAAUGGGAUCGGAGGCGAUCUUGUUGAUGGCUCGGGCACCAUCGACCCUGCCGCUUUGAAUAAUACAAAUGUACCGGUUGUCCUUCCGACACCGCCAUAUGGAGCAGCAGAUGCCAGCACGACCCCUCGCGGUGUCAAGCGCGCUCGCACGCCGGAACAACGCGGAGCUCCGCGCGAUGGAGACCAGGAUGACGACGAACACGGUCGUCGAAAACGAGGCCGACCUCCAAAGACCCCGCGCCCAUCUACCAGCGACUCGUCUAACAACCCCCAGCUGCAGACUCCUCAAAUGCAGCCUCAACAGUUGCAUGGAUCACCUACCAAUGCUUCGCCCCCGUCGGGCUCGCCCCCCGAGAAGACGACGCCCUCAAAAGCGCCUUUGGUUAAGGCUCUCCCAACUGUAAGGGACCACACUACCGAUCAACUAAACGAGGCGCGCGACGAGUAUAUUCCUAAAGAGUUUGAUGAAGCUGGCGAGAAGAAGGUAGACGAGAACGGCGUUCUGCAGGGUGACCGAGAAUACAGGUGUAGGACCUUCACCGUCCCACUCCGCGGGAAAAAACUGUUCAUGUUGGCAACGGAGUGCGCGCGUGUCCUGUCGUACAGGGACUCAUAUCUGCUUUUCAACAAGAAUAGAUCCCUGCACAAGAUCAUCGCCACCCAGCUCGAAAAAGAUGAUCUAAUCCAGCAGGAUAUUCUCCCAUAUUCCUACCGCUCACGCCAGAUCGCAAUCGUCUCCGCGCGUUCCAUGUUUCGUCAGUUUGGCAGCCGAGUCAUUGUGAAUGGGCGACGGGUGCGAGACGAUUACUGGGAGAGCAAGGCUCGCAAGCAAGGAUUUACCGAGGACGACCUUGCUGGAGAGAAACGCCCGGGUGGUGCUAAGGCUCGUGAGGCUGCGGCUGAAGCAGCGAAUGCUGCCAACAUGUUGCCAACACUGGCUCAUGGUGAUGUGAUCUACAGUAACGCGCUGGAAAACGUGCCUAGUAAUCUGUCGCUGGGAUCGGGCGCUUCCAUGUCGCAGCCACUUCCGAUGAUUCAUAUGGCCACCACUACAGAUGACCCGCGUUUGCGGGAAUACAACAGCAUGCCUCGACUCCGGCAAGAGUUGACCGGUCAGCCGUACCAAGACCGGUCACAACCCAGUUCCGCCGCUGAGAUCUUGAACCAGGCAACGCACACGGCAGAGUUCAACAAGAUCUUGACGAAUCAACGUAACUUCCGUCAGAAAGGGCUCGAUGAGUUCUAUGCCAAGCAACGUGAAGCUCCCGUGUCUACGGCGCAGUCACAGCCUGAACCUACCACUUCUGCUUCUCACCCUAUGCAGUCGCCGCGCCUAUCAGCGGCCAGUGUUUUGAGUUCGACUCCGACACAGCCGAACAUGAUGCCGCAAGCUCAAAUGAUGCCUAGCCAAGCCGGGUUCCAGCCGCCAACAAUGCAUCAGCAGCCUCAAGUGGCGCAGUCUCCGAUUCGCGCUAUGCCUCCGGUUCGCCCUGACCUCAUGCAUCAGCGGUCCAACCCAGCUAUUGCGCCGCAGGCUGGACCAUACGGUUAUCCCCCGCAGCAACAACAGAUGUGGGGCCAGCCACCUCCUCAACCUCAGGCUUCCCCGCUACCAUCAAAUCCGCAGGGAGUACCGCAGUAUCCAUCUCAGAUGCAGCAACAGCCGGGAUCACAGUCACAGCAAGCCCAACAUCAACAAUCGCCUUCUCCUCUUACCCACAAUUUACCGCAGCAACACCCGUCGCAAUCUCCGCGUAACCAAGUCCGUCCGGGGGUACCACAGAUGCCGCAGUCUUUUGCCAUGCACCAGCCUCAAACACCCCAGCAGCAGCCCAUGGCGUCAAUGGGCUUCCCCGGCGGUGGCCCUUACCCUACGAUGGCUGCACGAGGCAUGUAUCCAUCGCAGCACGGUCCCGCUGGUCAGCCUUUCAUGCCCGGUACUCAGCAACCGGGAAUGGGUAUGGGGAUGAACCCAGCCAUGCCAGGUUGGCCUGGCCAGCCAAUGCAACCUGGGCAUCCACAGCCUGGUUGGUCUACAUACUAA